CUCUAAAAACUAGUGCGCAUGCGCCCCGACAGCCGGGAGUGCGCUCAGCGCGUCAUCGUGUUGCUCCAGUCGGUCGGUUCCGAGAGUUUUCGAGGCAGAAAUGAACGCGUUCGUCAAAUUCACCAAUCAGAGUCAAGGACGGGAUCGCGUUUUCAGGGCGACGCAGUACGCAUGCGCGCUGGCCAGGUACCUGCUCCAGGACGACAUAAGAAGAAAAGUUCUGGUGCAGAAGUUGCAGAGUCUGGAGUCCAACAUGAGCUCGGGAAGGAAGCUUUUCAGGCUUGGUAAUACAGUGAGUUCGAUCGAUGCAGCCAGGAGAACCUUUCACCUGACAGACCCGGUGCUGCGUUUCUGCCUGACCAUAUCCAAUCUGACCCGCGCCCUUUAUUUUAUCUGUGACAACGUCCUCUGGGCCCAAAGCAUCAGCCUCAUCCGAGACGUCGAUAAAGAACGAUGGAGCCGGAACGCCACUCGGUAUUACUUCUUGUCCUUGGUGAUGAACCUCAUCCAGGACGCUUACACCAUUUCCAAGCUCAUGGUCCAGAAGUCACGAGAAGAACGAUAUCGGCGGAAGCUCGACGAUCACCUCAACGAGAGCCAGGAAACCGCCACGGUCAUCAUUCCGCAGCUCGACGCGUUUCUCUUCCUCUCAAUCGAGAGCCUCAGGAGUCACCCGGCUCUUGUCCUCGAUGUGCUGAAGAACACGUGCGAUCUUUUCAUUCCUUUGGAUAAGCUUGGAGUUUACAGGACGAACGAAGGCGUGACGGGACUGUGUGGACUCCUUUCAUCUCUUUUGGGGAUUCUGCUGGUCCUGAAGCCUGGUUUAAAAAAUAAACCAUAGUCCCAGAAGUACUUUUAGGAUGAGUUUUGGCACAAUCGCUGACUUGAGUUAGAGGCCAUUUUUAUUCCAGGUUCUGCCCCCGAAUUGUCGCAGUUACUUGAAUAAUCACUCUUUACAAACAUGUUGAGCAGGAAAGCAUCUCAUGUUGUCAUCACACUACAAAUAACAUGGAGCAGGUUUUGCUUUAUCUGAUCCUCAAUGUGAAUAUUAACCACAGCUCUAGAUGUAUCUGCAUGACUGUUUUUGAAAUUCGAAUGAGCUGCCGUUCAUUAAUUUAACACUGGAUUCCAAUAGCAAAAUUUGUCACUCAAUACAAUAAUUGUAUUGUGGUUGCGAUAUAUACGUUUAUGGCAUUUGGCACUUAUACAGAGCGACUUUAAUUCAUCUCAUUUAUACAGCUGAGUAGUUGUGGGGUUAAGGGCCUUGCUCAGGGGCCCAGGAGUGGCAGCUCGGCAGUAGUUAGGAUUUAAACUCAAGACCUUUCGGAUGCAAAGUCGAAUACCACUGCACUUCCCCAUAUACCUUAUAACUAUGACUAAAUGCAAUACCAUAUUCCUGGGUAGCAAAUGUAGCUCUGAACCUGACUGACUUUAAUUUAAUUUAUCGAAAUAAUUCUUAGAUUCUAUAUGAGUGGAUUCUGCACUAUAAAAUAAAUGUGAUUUCUGUUGA